AUCCCCGUCCAGUGUUAAAAGAUAACAAACCACCCGGCAGUUUUCCACACGAAGAGCAUGUAAACCCACUUGUUGGCCGAGAGGGAACUUCCUGAUUUACCCUACAUUCCUGGGAUUCUUUCUAUGACGUCACUGUUACUGGACUACAUCCCAAAAACAUUGUGUGCAGCAUGGUCUCGAGAAUGAAUUAACGAUUAUCCUUAAAUGUUAUUUGACCACUGAAUUAAUGAUAGUCAUUAAUUCAUUGUCAUGCGCAUGGACAAGUGAAUUAUAAAGCGUUCGACGCAGCGUCUAGGUAUCACAUCCAAUAUGGCGCCCAAAUCUCGUGGUAAAAGAAAGAAAUCCGUAGAAGAACUUCUCAAAGAAGGCAGAGACUUGCUUGAUCGGCAAGAAGUAAAAUCAAAGCGAAAGAGGAAACCGGUUCGAUUUUUAUUUUCUACCGAUCCAGCCACGGGACUCAGAAAUAACAAAGGGACGUAUAAAGGUCAGAAAAAAUCUAAAGAAAAGAGGCUGAACCCCGAGUUUGACGUCUCUGGCGAAGGUGGAUAUUAUGAAAAUGAGGUACACCAUGAAGACAACAUCGCUGAAGAAGGUGUUACAAGACUUGAUCUCAAGGCUAUUAAAGAUAUUGUUGAGGAAUGGUGCAGCAAAAACAAAAAGCCAAAGCAAUGCUGGACAGACAGACAGGAGCAGCUACAUGAAAGCUGGGCAGAGACAAGACCAUCUCUCUUUGCAGCUGCCCUCUCUGCAAGGUUUAGCCCACCAGAGAGUGACAUAUGUCAGGUCUGCACAGUAAACAAAGUGUCGAUACGCUGUUUGAUGUGCAAAGAGGGGCUAUUAUGUGGCCCAUGUGACCAGGAAAGACAUGCAGAUGCUCCAUUUCAUGACCGUGACAUCUUAAUAGAUGGUCACUAUGAAGCACUGCCAAAUUAUGUCUCAAAAAGUGCUCUUGGAGAGUGGAUAGAUGUCAUACAAGCUUUGCCACCAAACUCCCCUAUCCACUGCCCUGGUUGUCGAGGCAUCUGUGACCCAAGUGCACCCCUUCCUGGCACUCAUCUUAUAGUGGUUAACUUAAAUGGGAGGUAUGACUUACUGCAUCGCAGUUUCAAAUGCAAUGGCUGCAAUGAGCUGUUUUCAACAUCACAUCCCUUAGUAUUGAUACAGCUGGGGUAUUGGCCAGGAAGUGUGACCAGUGUGACCUAUGGAUUUGACCAAAGACUUUUGUCCUACUGGGACAUCCUGCAAAAACAGAUUCCUGGCAUUUCUGAACAUGCUUUCCUGAAGUCCUUAGAGUUGCACUCCCAGUUAUAUGGAAGAAUCCCCACCAUAAAUGCAUCCACCUUCAGAACAUCAUUCCAGGAGUGGAAAUACUUACAGUUCGAGAUAAACAGCAUUUGCCAUAUGGACUGGAUGCAGUGCCCUGCUUGUUCAGAUGAUCAGCAUUCUGUCCAUGUAGAUGGAAAUAUGAAGCUUUAUAGGUUUAAGUCUGCUGGAAGCCGAAAGAAAGAAUGCUACUAUGGAGAAGCCUUUAUUGCGUCUAAUAAUAAGGUUGAUGAACACAUAAAGAACAUUUAUCACGGUGCCAAACACAAGGAUAUAGGUGGAGGUAGCAUGUGUGGCGAGUCCAACUGGAGAGCUGCAGGCAACAACCUGAAAAAGAAGAAAAAUCUUUCUGAAACAGGACUAGAAAUCGCAGCAUGCAGGCACGGACUUGCGCAGAAUGCCAUUAAUAUGAUGUAUGGCGAGAUUUAUGGAUAUGCCCAUUACCUGCAGCUAAAUCAUUUUAUACCUAAGGGGGUCAAAUUCUUAUGGUACGAUGUGGUUUGCCUGUAUUGGCCUUGGCUCCGAAGAAAUGAAAAUGAAGCUUCUAAAAAGAUGAAACCUGCAUUAUCCGUUAUGCACGCAAAAGCUCAUGCAUGGCAUUGUCAGGCCAUAUGGGGCGGGCGUUGGCAAACUGGUGCUGCUGCCACUACUGGAGAGGAAACAGAACAAGUGAAUAGCCACUUUUCAAGACUUGGCUCCACUACCAAGCAUAUGCUUCCAGAAGGACGAGAAGAAUUACUGACAGAGCAUGCUUUGGAGUGGAACAGGAGGAAAAUAGUUGGCAUGCCAUCUUAUCUGGCUCGCAAAUAUAAGCGGGUUGAAAAGCAGUUUACCACUUUAAAUGCAGAGAUUGACAAGGAAUUCGUAGAGAUAAAUUUCGGCCGCGAUUGUGCAAAGGAGUGGAAAGAGGAAAUUCUGAGAGUUGCUAAAGUGGAACAGUGUUCGUUACAAUCGAGAAAAUCAAAGAUAACAGACGCUGAAAGGAGGUACCUCGUUCAGAUCAUGGGAAAGGAGCCAAAAACUGACUACGAAAAGGCAUUGCUGAGCGUGUCAAAAGAAAUAUAUGGCGAGAAGGCGAAGGACUGUUCUGGAGGAGUGACCCUUUCAGCAGAAAAGGGCAUGUUAGAGGAGAACGCUGUUCUAUAUUUGAGAAAGCAAAUGGAGCAAAUGCACUUCUCCAUAGCUCAGGCCGUUUACAAUAUGGGCAAGCUUACUGAUACUUCGAAGCAACGGAAGAAAUUGCGUACGAAAGUGACGUCUUGGAAACAGACCCUAAAGACAGCGGUUGACCGGCAUAAUGCCAUCAACCCAUCCAGCAUCGUCAAAGAGGAUGAUGUGGAGGAAGGGCUAUUCGCGUGGAGCCAAACAGAAUGUCAAGAUUGCGUUUCACUACGCACAAAGCGACGUCUUGUCAAUAAAGUGAUGGAAGCUGAACGCUUUGGAGAGGAGCUGGUCCUUCUUAAGAGAGAGAUGGUUUCGUUCCUUAAGUUCUACAAAGACGUCAAACUUCCGUCGCUGAGAGAGGAACAGACGCGCUUACAGGACCUCAUGAAUGCAGGUGGGGAAUCGUCGCUCUCGCAUGAUGAUAAGGGAUGCCGGUACUUGUCUGCAGCUACGCACACCAUCUCAGCCAAACUUGCGCUAGUUAUGAACGGUAUUGCGUUUGCUAUGAGGCAGCUUACUGCAGGAACCGGUGCCUUUGCCCAGAUACUAUCAACCGACUUGGAAGAAUUCCGACAGUUCUUGUUGAUGUCUGAAGUUGAUGUAAGAGAGGAUGAAGAUGACGAAGAUCAGCCAGACGAUGGCGACGAUACUGUUGAGCCUGAGUCUUCUGCUUGUUCUACACGUGUAGUGCUUGAAGCGCUUAGUUCUCUUCAUAACGGGCCAACGCCAUCUGUUUCUCCUGAUGCACUCACUGCGUCAGUGUGGAGAUGGAGUCUUCCACCAACACUCAGUCAGGGAACCUUCAACGGGCGUAAUGGCAGUAAUGCUUGUAGUGUCAUUGCGCUAUGUUUAGGUUAUGCCCUUCAAGAAGGACUUCUCUUACCGCCCGACGUCAAUAAAUCGUUAUCUGAAACCUUCCUGGGACGCCUGUGUGGUUGCAUCGAGCUGGGCAACAGGAUCUACGACUUAUUCAGGCAAAGCCUUCCAUCCCGUUUUCUGUCCAUUCAGGAAGCCGCCAAUAUCGCAGUUUCGUGGAUAAGUAGCGAUGUCGGACAGCCUCUGCCAGUUCGAUUAGCCGACUUGCACGAACCAUCAACAGUGACUUAUCAGUUGAAGCGAGCCUUUUCGCGUGGAGGAUUCAAUGCUUGCCUGAUUGCUGACGAGAAGUCUUCUCUGUUUCAUGCAUGUGAUGACCUGGUUAUCCACAUUGACACCCACAGUCACGGUCCCAACAAAGGAGCAGUAGUAACAGCAGCACAUGCCAGCGCCAUUCCUGAACUGUGCUCGACAGUUUGGCAGGAGGAGGGCUUUUCCCCAAACUCCUUUGGAAAUUUGGUUUUCGUAGAAUUUGCAUGAACGGUUCCAUUUAAAAUUUGCAGCCCACCUACCGAGGAGAUUUCUGCUCUAUCUUUCAUUUUUCUUCCUGCAAUUUUACAGGGAUAUUCAAAUUUCACAAUGGAUUUCCAUAAGGGUAUUUAAUUGUGACCCUAGAUUUCCAAAGAUUAUUCUCGAAUUUUCACAGGAUUCACACGACAGAUUGUGGUAGAGCAACUUUGGGCUCCUCGAUAGGUGGAUUAUGAUUUGUUUUAAUGGAAUGGUCAAAUUCUCCUUUAUCGCGUUAUUGUCGAUUAAUAAUAUUUAAUAGUUAUCAGCGAACGGAGCUCAGUAUUCUUUUGACAAUGGUAAACCUGCGUACCCGUGCGUACUUGCCAAAAUGACAUCGCUAUGCGCGAAAACGUUUUAAACGUUUCGAAAAAAUUUCAUGGUAGUAUAGAAAAAUAGUAUAUAUCUUUAUUCCAAGGCCUUAUAUUAGCUUUAAAUUAUAGUAAUAUUUUAGUUAUCAUAGUUGAAACAAGGCGUACAUCAGAGUAUUGAAAAAUUUUGUGAGACUGCGGAAUAUCAACAAUGGACUACUUGUGACUACUUAUGAAGCAGCCUAAUAAACUUUGUAUUAGCCGCA